AUCAGAGGAAAUCCCUUCCGUGUGGUUGCCCAUGUGAGUGCAGAAUAAAAUGGGCGAGCGGCUGUACUCUUUUCCAUUCCUAAGGUGGUUCGCUCUGCCUCAUAUAAAACUGACAUAAAGCAACAGGACUGCGUCAAUGAAACGCCCAAGGCUGCCACAGCUGCCGCUCACAGAGUCACAGAUCAGAAUCGUUGCUGCCUCCCCGGCCUUCCCCAUUUUUGGGUCGCAGAAUUGAUCAGAGAGCUAUGGGCAUCUGCGGAGGAGGUUUUAGAGCCCCCCAACAACCUGAUGAACGAGAAACAAAGCUUGGUGGAACCAGAGCUGUUCUCUUCGUAUAUGGUAUGGAGGGACUUGAAAUCAUGGCAUACUCCUCAAUCGUAAAUAGCCUGGUAAUAUACUUCUCCACGUACAUGAACUUCAGCAUAACAAGAUCAGCCACAACUCUUACAAACUUCAUGGGCACAACGUUAAUGCUUGCUCUCUUUGCGGGGUUCGUUACUGACACCUACUUGUCCAGAUUCAACACUUGUGUCCUGUUUGGAUGCAUAGAAUUGUUGGGAUACACCCUCUUAACAAUACAAGCACACUUCGACCAACUGAGACCCAUUCCCUGCAAAGAUGCUGCUCCCAGCAAAAUGAAUGAGUGUCAUUCUGCAGACGGUGGGCAGGCUGCAUUUCUCUUCAUCGGUCUCUAUUUGAUUUCUUUAGGAAGCAGUGGUGUUAAGGCAGCUUUGCCACCACUGGGAGCUGGCCAAUUCAACGAGAAUGACCCGAAAGAGAAAGCUCUUCUCUCAAGCUACUUCAACUGGUUUUGGUUCAGCCUCAUUGUUGGGUCCUUCAUUGGAGUAACUCUUAUUGUUUGGAUAAGCAGCAACAAGGGAUGGGAUUGGGCAUUCGCUGCAUGCGCCAUUGCUGUCCUGUUUGGCAUUAUCUUCCUGUGCAUUGGCAAAUCUGUUUAUCGGCAUGAUAUCCCCAAUGGUAACUCCAUCCUUCGCAUUCUACAGGUAUUCGUUGCUGCCAUUCGGAACCGAAACCUCCCAAUGCCAGAGAACGCUCACGAAUUUUAUGAGAUUCAUGACAAUGAGGCUAGGAUGGAAACUGAAAUUCUUCAAAAAACUGAUCAGUUUAGGUUCUUGGAUAGGGCUGCAAUUGUUAGGAUCAAUACCCAAAGCGCUUCAACAGCCGUUGCUCUGGGGCCCUGGCACCUGUGUACAGUCACACAAAUUGAAGAAACAAAGAUCCUAAUCCGCAUGCUCCCAAUCAUACUGAGCACCAUCUUCAUGAACACAUGUGUGGCUCAGGCCCAAACUUUCUUUAUCCAACAAAGCUCCACCAUGGACACACGUAUUAUGGGUUUUCGAGUGCCUAGCCCCUCACUUCCGGCAAUCUCCCUGCUGUUCAUGCUCAUCUUGAUCCCCGUAUAUGACCGAAUUUUCAUCCCGCUAAUCAGAAAGUUUACUGGGAUUCCCACUGGAAUUCAGCCUCUCCAACGGGUUGGGGUUGGAUUAUUGCUCUCAACCAUUUCCAUGGCCAUUGCCGGAGUAGUAGAAACUCGUCGAAAAUCUGUUGCAGUUCAGCAUAACAUGGUCGACUCAAAAGAUCCUUUACCGAUGAGUAUGUUUUGGCUUGGAUUCCAAUAUGUAUUCUUGGGAGCAACUGAUGUGUUCACACUGGUGGGAAUCCUAGAGUUCUUUUACGCAGAGAGCUCACCGGCUAUGAAAUCAUUAAGCACAGCCAUCUCUUCCUGCUCCGUGGCAUUUGGGUACUUCACGAACACGGUGAUGGUGGAGGUGGUGAACAAGACCAGUGGUGGGUGGUUGGCCAGCAACAAUUUGAAUAGAGACAAGUUGAACUAUUACUAUUGGUUAUUAGCAGGGUUGAGUGCACUGAAUUUUGGGUUUUAUUUGGUGUGUGCAUCUUGGUAUAGAUAUAAAAAGGUAAAGAUGUGGAUGGAAGUUAAAUCUUGAAAGUAGUACUGGUGAGGUUAGGGGGAAGGUUGAACUGAUGAGUAUAACUUGGGAAUUUAUUUCCUAAGAUUGUGUAGUUUCCUUUACUACUACACUUUUUUUUUCGUGGGUUUUUACUAUUGGGCAGUUUCAUUUGAUGUAAUUAUUGGUGGAGUGUUUGAAAAGAAAUUGCUAUACUAUUUUAACAACGAACAAUGCUAGCUGGGUUUUACACUUA